GGUGUCUUUCUUCUUCUUUGUCUUCUCUCCUCGAAGUCAUGUCUAAUCCAGCUUGUUCUAAUCUCUUCAACAAUGGAUUUGACAAUACAAACUUCAACUAUUCCACUUCUCUCUCUUACAUUUACAACUCUCAAAAUAGCUUCUAUCACCCUGAUACCACAAACCCUAAUUACAUGUCUCCUACUACCACUACCUCCACUUUCCCUAACUCACCACCGCUCAGAGAAGCUCUUCCCCUUCUUAGCUUAAGUCCCAUAAGGCACCAAGAACAACAUGGUCAACCCUGUUUCUUGAACACAGAUAACACUACCUCUUCAAACUUUCAUGAUGUAACCGUGGAUCUUCAUCUAGGGUUACCAAACUACGGGGAUGGUGGGAGCUAUAUUGCUCCUGAGGCAACCACCGAGGAGCAAGAUCAAGAUCAUGACCAAGAAGUGGAGGUCACAGUCGAGUCCCACCUUCAUGAUGAUGAUGAUCAUCAUGAAGAUUUAUACAGAGGUCAUCACUAUUGGAUCCCUACUCCUGCUCAGAUUUUGAUUGGUCCUACACAGUUUUCUUGUCCUCUUUGCUUCAAGACAUUCAACAGAUACAACAACAUGCAGAUGCACAUGUGGGGACACGGUUCACAAUACAGAAAGGGACCAGAGUCACUUAGAGGAACACAACCAACAGGAAUGCUAAGACUACCAUGUUUCUGCUGUGCGCCAGGCUGCAAGAACAACAUUGACCACCCACGAGCCAAGCCUCUCAAGGACUUUCGAACCCUCCAAACACAUUACAAACGCAAACACGGAUCUAGACCUUUUGCUUGUCGCAGGUGUGGCAAAGCCUUUGCAGUGAAAGGAGAUUGGAGAACGCAUGAGAAGAAUUGCGGUAAACUUUGGUAUUGCUCAUGUGGCUCGGAUUUUAAACACAAGAGGUCUCUUAAGGACCACGUCAAGGCUUUUGGGAAUGGUCAUGCUCCUUGUGGGAUUGAUAGCUUUGGGGGAGAUCAUGAGGACUACUACGAGGCUGCUUCUGAUAUCGAGCAACAAGAUGAUUGCAACAACAAUGAGUGUUAAUGUUAUUUCGUGUGUUCUGUUUUGUUCCCUCAUGCAUUAAAUUUUUAUGCAUGUGUCGUUUCGUUUUGGCCAUGUUAUAUGUAACAUUAUGCGCAUUUGUCCCACCUAACCUUGGUAUGUUGUGUUGCUUUUUUACUAAUUUUUCUUAAAAUUAUUUUAAUUCUGGGCCAAAGUCUAAUUUAUGACACCCACGAAAUCUAAGAUUGAGUCCAUGAUGCAAAUAGAUAUUUGGAAAUAUUUAAAUAUUUUAUCAAUUAUUUUAAAUCUAGAUAAUAAUAUUUUAGGGUUUUAGAGAUUUAUGGUUCUUAUAUAUAGCCAUUUAUAGUAUUCAGUUUAAGAUUUGACUAAUAAAAUUUAGAGUUUUCUCUUUAUUUCUUAUUUUCAGUAGAUCUAUAGAGAUCUCGACAAAUUUAAGAAAACAUUGAUCUUAUGCAUUUGAAGACUAAAUAAAAUCAUUGGGUUAUCGUGUUCUAUCUUUGAACUUAUGUAAUAUUUUAUAUUUUGUGAAUUUGACUAAUUUUUCGUGAGAAUUCUUCUCCCUUAGUUGUAAUAAAUUUGAUUAAUUUUUUAUGUUAUUGUGUUUUGCUAUUGAAGUUGUAUGUCAAGUAAUUUUGGCAAGAUAAUAUUGUGGAAAAAUGAACAUAUUUACCAAAAUUUUUUAUUAAUAUCUCUUCAAAUUUACAAAAAAAAGUCACAACUAAAGGAGUACACAUGCAAAACACAAAACAUACCACAAACAAAACUAUUAUAGAACAUUCAUCUACAAAGACAAGUUUAAAUUCCAUUUGAUAUGGAAGAAGACUCCGUCAGAAGACUUCCUAAAAGACUACUUUAAAGUCUUCUGAAAGAAGUCUAACUGGAAGUCUUCUAGCGCAUUAUAUUUUAGAAGAUUUCCAAGAAGACUUUCCAUAAGUCUUCCAAAAGUCUAAUCCAGAUCUGAAAAACAUGUAUAUCAAACUCAAAUCUGAAAAACCUGCAUAUCAUAUCAAAAAACGUUCAAAUGGCUUAAAAAUAGAGAAAACGAGUGGAAAAUUAGAUAGAUAUAUUUUUAUUGAACACACAAAGUACAUAUCCAAGUGGAAGAUGAGAACCAUCUGAUUAAAAACCUAUAACAAAAAGAUAGAUUAGUGAGAAAAACAUGAGCCAAAAAUGAAAAAUUCAUAUAAAGUUUAGUGUUUUCAAGUCAAAGAGAUUAGAAUGGGUUUGGAGUGUUUUAGUUUGGGAAAAAGGUAUGAACUUUAUGCAACAGGAGGUUACCAAAUGAAUAAAAAUCAGACAUAAAAACUUACUAAAACGCUCAGAUCUAUUAUGAAAGGGAGACAAGGGAGAAGACUCCGUCAGAA